UCAGAGAGACAGGUGCAGUACAGUAGGCAGCAAAGCCCAAACCACUUCCUCAAAUCUGCCUUUCGCCUAGCGUGCGCUCUACUGCUCUCGUGGCCGCGCUUCUGGACUGUCUCGGCUACGCGCCUGAUCCGCUGCCUGGUAACGUCAGCGCUGCCAGCGUGGAGUCAAGCGAGCAGUCGGAGUGGUGGCUAGGCGCAGGAAGGAAGGCGGAAGUACGGGCAGGAAUAAUCUCGGAGAUUAAUAGAAGGGCAGCUUUCAGCUGAAGGAACCGCCAUGCAGAAACACAUUCCUCAGAUGAUCGACCCGGCCUUAGCAGAAAUGGGAAAGAAUCUGGAUGAAGCAAUGAAAAUAUUGGAAGAUAAUCAGAGACCAUCUGAGGAAGAGAAGGAUGGCAAGAAACACUCAAGAAAGGAUAUUCCUGGACCACUUCAAGGAAGUGGUCAAAACAUGGUGAGCAUUUUGCAGUUAGUUCAGAAUCUCAUGCAUGAAGAUGAAGAGGAGGAAUCCCUAUCGUUUCGAAGAAUCCAGAAUGUUGGUGAACAAGGUCACAUGGCCCUCCUGGGACACAGUCUAGCUGCUUAUAUAUCUGUACUUGACAGAGACCGCCUCAGAAAACUCACCACUAGAAUCCUUUCAGACACAACGCUAUGGCUCUGCAGGCUCUUCAGAUAUGAUAAUGGUUCCGCCUAUUAUCAUGAAGAUGAUAGAGAGGGCCUUCUUAAAGUCUGCAGACUUGUUAUACAUUCACGCUAUGAGGAUUACACAACUGAUGGAUUCAAUGUCUUUCACAACAAACAGCCUGUGAUCUACAUUAGCGCUGCCUCCAGACCUGGGCUAGGCCAGUCUAUCUGCAACCAGCUUGGCCUUCCACUCUCCUGUUUAUGCCGCGUGCCUUGCAACACUAUGUUUGGAUCCCAGCAUCAAAUGGAUGUGGCCUUGCUGGACCGACUUAUAAAAGAUGACAUCCAGUCUGGAAAAUGCCCUCUUCUUUUAGUGGCCAAUGCAGGUACUCCAGGAGCAGGUCACACAGACAAACUAGGACGACUGAAGGAACUUUGUGACCAGUACAGUAUAUGGCUGCAUGUAGAGGGAGUCAAUUUGGCAACACUGGCUUUAAGUUACGUCAAUUCUUCUGUUUUGGCUGCUACGAAGUGCGACAGCAUGACCCUUACUUUGGGCUCAUGGCUUGGUCUCCCUGCUGUUCCUGCUGUUACAUUGUAUCGGCAUGAGGAUCCCUCCCUGUCUCUUGCUGCCGGCCUCACAUCCAGUCAGCCAGUUGAAAAGCUUCGUGCCUUGCCACUGUGGUUAUCUUUGCAGUAUCUUGGACACAGUGGCAUUGUAGAGCAGAUAAAACAUGCCUCUCAACUGAGUCAGAAGCUGCUGGAAAAUCUAAAUAACCUGAGUCCAGUUAAGACUUCGGUGGAGAAUGAUGGCAGCUCCCCUGUGGUGGUGUUCCGAUUCGUUUAUGAAGGUUGCAAAUCAGAUUCAACUUUAAACUUAAGCACUAUAGAAAGAGACAGCGAUGCUCUGAAUCAGUGGCUAGGGGACCAGCUGGCUGCUCUUGUUCCUUCCUGUGGAGUGGACAUAGUAGAACUGGAAGAUGAAGGCACAUGUGUGCGCUUUAAUCCACUAAUGACCGCUGCUGUCUUAGGUACUACCGCUGAAGAUGUUGAGCAGCUGGCCGCUUGUCUCAGAAUGAAGAUCCCAGUCCUUCAGAACACACUCAGACUGAAGGAAGAAUUCCGACAAGAGGUAGAAAGAAUAGCAGGACUGUCUUACAUCAAUGACUACAGUUGGGCCGGACUUGGUGUUUUAAGGUAUGAACAGUUCAGCGAGGAGCAGGAUGUUGCCAAGAGAGAAGCAGAUCUGGAAAAGAUUACGCUCGCUCUUCUGAAGAAGCUCAAUGAGCUGGAAACAGAUCUGACAUUUUGUUCAGGGCCAGAAUUUGGUGCAGAAAAGAACUGUAUCUACAUUGGAAUGGCAUCCGAGGACAUGGAUGUUUCUGAAUUGGUAGAAACCAUUACAGCCAUGGGCAGAGAAAUUGAGGAAAAUUCACGGCUGCUGGAAAACAUGACAGAGGUUGUCAGAAAGGGCAUUUUGGAAGCAGAAGUACAACUUCAUAAGGCCAAUGAGGAAAGGCUUUUGGAGGAGGGUGUCCUACGGCAGAUCCCAUUAGUGGGAUCAAUGCUUAACUGGCUUUCCCCUGUCCAAACCACACAAAAGGGAAGAACAUUCAAUCUGACAGCAGGAAAUCUAGAGACAACAGAAACGACCUACAUAUCUAAAGCACAAGUAACUGGAUUGACGCCACCUCCAACUCCAACGUCUGCACAUGGAAAAAGACAACCAGGUCAGAAGCUGUUUAAAAGACUAUCGAGAAAUUCUGAUGCAAUGAGCGAGACCAGCUCCAUAAGUCACUUGGAGGAAGUGGAGAGCCUUGAAGUUCUGACAAUGCCAGAUACAUUCCAUCCUGCAACAGCAGAAAACUCUGCAGCUGGAGAGACCUUUGCAACAGCAGAAAACUCUGCAGCGGGAGAGACCUUUGCAACAGCAGAAAACUCUGCAGCGGGAGAGCCUUUUGCAACAGCAGAACACUCUGCAGCGGGAGAGACCUUUGCAACAGCAGUGCACUCAAUAACGCCUUCCAUCGUUCCCACUGAAACCUCCAGCAAAGGAUCCCAGGAACCCAGCAUUCCCAGUGCAAACACAGUGGAAUCAGACAGUCUAAGAUAAAAGAAGCCCUGACAAUGACCCAACUAAACGCAAGGCGUGUAACUCGUAUGGUGAACGGUGGUGCCACAGUCUACAGUAAAGACUACUGUACUAAGUUAUUAACCUGUCUGCACAAAUAAUAUAAGGCUUUCUUGUAUGGCACAGUAAGCUUGGCAAACAUUACUGCUGCUAGUAAAUAGUAAUCCAACUUCUCUGCCAGUUCUUGCACUACCAAGAAUUUUCUUGAUCAUUCUGUAAUCAAAUCUCUUUCCUCAUUUCGAUUAUUGAGUUAUUCAACUGAAUGAUCAUAUUAUACCUGGAUAUAAUAUUUAAAUUAAUUAACUGCCGAAUCAAACCUUGUCCGUGCAGGGUUUCCGUUACGGUUUCAAAAUCACAGAUACGGACUUCUUUGACACGUAUAUUCAAGAUAAAUAAAUUAUUCUUUAUUUGUUGAGGAAGUGCCAUGGGGCACGAAACGCGUCAAUAGUAGUUGCUAUAUGCACUGAGCCAAAGCUGACGGCCCUUUAUUGUAUUUCGACUUAUUUAUCUUGAAUAUACGUGUCAAAGAAGUCACUAUCUGUGAUUUUGAGAAAGGUUCCGCUGCCAGGAAGUUGGAUGUACGGACACAGGAACCUAUCGGUGAGCUCCACACUAGUGAGUGAUAAGAUUUUCCAUUAUGAUUUGCACAGACUGACGCCUUGAAGGAAAAGAAACCCACCCAGCGAGGGAUUUUGUUUGUAUUUUAACACACUAGCUAUGUACUAUAACUUUAAAAUGCACUAUUUUAUGUAGGUAUAUGAUUUCCUAAAAAGAAAAUAAGUGUUUCCAUCCAGAGAUUAUUCAUACAUAAAGUUAGCAGUCAGGUUAGAGCUACUGCUGUCCACCUACAUCCAAGACUCGGCAUCAAAUCAAAUACAAUGUUCUGACCACUUGUCUAUUUAUCACAGGUAAACACCUGAAGUAUGUAGUUAAAUAUCAUUCUUCACUCUCCCAGAUGUCUUACAAUUAGGGUAGGGGCACACGGGGAGAUUAGUAGCCUGCGAUUUUUAAAAAGGAAGUCGCGGAAACCAGGCGAUCGUCUUUGUGCAGGAAAGAUCUCGUUUUAUAUUCCAUAGUGAUUUGCGAUACGUUCUCCUCCCACGCAAGAGUCGGCAGUCGUUACGGCAUUCAUUCCCUCGGUGUAUUGUCUCCACGUCAUUACGCCAGCGCAAGAAUUACCAUACUAUCGUGUGUGUGUGUGUGUGUAGAGGACAGUGGUUAAGAAGAAAGAAACUUUAUUUCCUCAACACUCCUCCUAACGCGUUUCGUGUGGUGUGACACCACACAAAACGCGUUAGGAGGAGUAUUGCGGAAAUAAAGUUUAUUCCUUCUUAACCACCGUCCUCUGCUGGUGUGUGAAAGUGCACGCAACAUUGGAUACACAUUGUCUGUCGGGUCUCCCUAAGCUGCGGGUUCGGGCCGUCGCAUCUGGACCAGGGACUUCGGGCAGUGAGUAAUAUGAAUGCCUGUGAAAGCAAUCGUUCAAGCGAAAGGUCCAGGGCAUUUGCACCUGGACCCAUCCAGUCACAGGGUGAGCGGUUACAUUAAUAAGUAAAUUUAAAUUGCUUCACCAUUCUUAAAAAGAAGGCAAGGAGAUUGAACAUAUCCAACUCAUUUGUGAUCAGCUUAUUGGAGAUUUCAGUACUUCUCUAUGCAGUGGCGUAACUGGAUAUUACUGGGCCCCACAGCAAAUUAUUUUUCAGGCCCCCAAAAUGUUUUGGGGUUGACUUGUUUCUCCAAUAUUUAUUGAAAUUUUAUAUGAAUUAGGACCCAUAGGGCCCCUAUACCUCCUGGGCCCCCCUGCAGCCGCAGGGUCUGCUUCCUCUAUAGUUACGCCCCUGUCUCUAUGUACAUGCUAUUUCUGACAAAUCGCUCAAAAAGCUACUGGCGAUCUCAAAUCACGCUGUGUGCAAAAUAGCUGGCGAUUUUUAUGUAGCUGCAUGCAAAGACAAAACGAACGUCUUGUCGCCAGAACUUGCUUUCAAAAAUCUCGUGCGACUAAUCUCCUCUUAGGCCUCUUUGCCCUAACUGUUGCGCAACUCCCAGCUAAUUGCACUGGAGUGCCAACGAUUUGUAUAUUGCACCGUCACAUGCUCGCAUUUUAGAGCAGCUAUAGAAUAUCCAAAUCCAGAAGAGAUUGUGGCACAGCAAUAGUAGAACCGCAGAUGCUUGGAAUAAACCCACUACUCUUCUUCUAUGACUUCACUCACGGUUGUCCAUGAAAUUAUUGCGCGAUGUUCUUCCCAUCCAGCAGAGCAAACACCGAAACAGGAUCUGAGUGCAAUCGAUUGAUUUCUUUUAUUUGUAACGGUCUUUCCUUUUGUUAUAAUGUUCCUUGGUGCAAUGAAGUUGAUUUUAUUUCCUUUUACUUUUGAGGCACGAGGAGGGUUUUAAUUUCACUCGGUGUAUAAAUAUUAAUACUGAUUCAUUUUUACUGUUUUUAUAGAUUUGAGAUUUCUUUUCUUUUUCCAUUUACAACUGUAUAUUCGUACAUGUUUGAUUUAAAGGCUAAAUAGUUUCCGUCCAUGUAUAAUUAUAUUUCUGUUGCAAGGCCUCUUGUAGGUUCAGUAAAGGUGUUAAUGACU